GGCACACAUUUCCAUUCAUUUCUGUCAGGCCAGAGAUUUGUUGGCCAAGUUUGUGCAUUUAAUGCAUAGUUAUUUUUGGAAAUGAUUGCCGUUACAUGAAACCCAGCUCAAUUAAAUAUACCUGUGUGGCAUCCCAAUAUAAACUCCUCUCAGACUUUAAGUUGCUCACAUCGGGGACUACAAUCAAUGCGUUCUCGUUCUGUCAUAGCUCUAGUGUUUUCUUUCCUGUUCACCUAUUUCGGCUUAUUUUGGAAGUCUGUUGAUUUACAGACAGCAGUGUUUUACAACCAUAUGCGCCAAAUCUCACCCUGGCAUCCCUGUAUAUUUAUAGGAAAGCAGCGGCAUAAAUCUCAGUGUCCCUGCAUUAGGACUCUACUUAAGAAACAACUUCCCAAUGUUUCCUUCUGGGGGAAAAAAAAUCUCUUUUAUGUGCAUACGGUAAAUUCUCCACAAGGAGUGUGUCCGAUGUGAAAUACAUUAUGCUUUUGACAGGUUUAGGAGCUUGCUUGCACCGUGCCUCCUGCUUCUCUGAAAAGUCAUCUUGGCUUAAUAACAUUGCAGCUUCCCUUGAACUGAAACGGCAAAUUAGGGUUUGUGAAAACAGCUGCUCCCGAAGGGAAGAUCAUGUUAAGAUGCUCGUCUGUAAUUCCUCCUAUCUGUGUUUUACAGGACAGUCGCCAGCUCAUGGAGGAGAAGACUCGCACGAGAAGGGCUUCUGCCAGCCGUACCGCGGCAUCGCGUGCGCUCGCUUCAUAGGGAACAGGAGUAUCUACGUGGAGUCUCUGCAGAUGCAGGGAGAAAGUGAAAACCGCAUCACUGCGGCCUUCACGAUGAUCGGCACCUCGACCCAGCUGUCAGACCAGUGCUCUGAAUUUGCCAUCCCGUCCUUCUGCUAUUACGUCUUCCCGUUGUGUGAGGAGGGCACCAGAGGUCCACGGCGGCGCCAGCUCUGCCGCGACGAGUGCGAGGCUCUGGAGAACGACUUGUGCCAUGCAGAGUACACCAUCGCACGCUCCAACCCUCUCAUCCUCAUGCAGCUGGAGCUGCCCGCGUGCAACCUGCUUCCCCACCCCGGCUCGCCAGAUGCUGCCAGCUGCAUUCGCAUCGGCCUGCCACCGCAAUAUUCACCCCCAAAUCACAGCUGUUACAACGGAAGUGGUGCCAACUACAAAGGCACGGUCAGUGUCACGAAAUCAGGCUACCAGUGUCAGCCGUGGAGCACACAGUAUCCACACAGUCAUCAUCUGACGCCUGUUGAGUACCCUGAGCUCAGAGGAGGACACAAUUUCUGCAGGAACCCCGGAGGGCAAAUGGAGAGCCCCUGGUGUUACACUUUAGACCCUAAUGUUAGAGUGGACGUCUGUGACAUUCAGCCCUGCAUGCCUCCAGAGAAAGUGAAAAAGGAGAUCCUGUACAUCUUAAUCCCCAGUAUAGCCACCCCUCUUGUUAUUGCCUGCUUAUUCUUCUUGAUCUGCAUGUGUCGCAACAAACAGAAGGAGUCUGCUGACAGUCCUACUCGCCGGCAACUCACUGCCUCGCCGAGUCAAGAAAUGGAGCUGCCUCUACUUAACCAGCACAAGCAUCAGGCUAAGCUACGAGAACUCAACCUGUCUGCAGUUCGGUUCAUGGAAGAGCUUGGAGAGGACCGUUUCGGAAAAGUCUAUAAAGGUCACCUCUACGGUACGGCUCCAGGUGAGCAGACCCAGGUGGUGGCUAUAAAGACGGUCAAAGACAAGGACGAGGGUCCUCUACGGGAAGAAUUCCGCCACGAGGCCAUGCUCCGGUCCCGUCUACAGCACCCCAACAUCGUCUGCCUUUUGGGUGUGAUAACGAAAGAACAGCCCAUGAGCAUGAUCUUCAGCUAUUCGGGCCACGGUGACCUCCACGAGUUCCUGGUCAUGAGAUCUCCUCACUCGGACGUCGGCAGCUCUGAUGACGACAAAACGGUCAAAUCCACUCUGGAACAGGCAGACUUCCUACACAUCGUCACACAGAUAGCAGCCGGAAUGGAGUAUCUUUCCAGCCACCACGUGGUACACAAGGAUCUGGCUGCUCGUAACAUCCUAGUUUGCGAUAAGCUCAACGUGAAGAUCCUGGACCUUGGGUUGUUCAGAGAGGUCUACUCCGCCGACUACUACAAGCUAAUGGGAACCAGUCCCUUACCAAUCCGUUGGAUGUCCCCUGAAGCCAUACUGUACGGGAAGUUCUCCACCGAUUCAGACAUCUGGGCCUACGGCGUGGUGCUCUGGGAGAUAUUCAGCUAUGGCCUCCAGCCGUACUGUGGCUAUUCUAACCAGGAUGUGAUUGAGAUGGUGCGCAACAGACAAGUCCUUUCCUGCCCAGAUGACUGUCCAGCCUGGAUUUACACACUGAUGCUCGAGUGUUGGAAUGAGUUCCCCACAAGAAGACCACGAUUCAAAGACAUUCAUGCCCGGUUGCGCACCUGGGAGAGCUUAUCCAACUACAACAGCUCGGCGCAGACCUCAGGAGCGAGCAACACCACUCAAACCAGCUCCCUCAGCACGAGCCCCAUCAGCAACAUCAGCAAUGCUCGCUACGUCAGUCCCAAAAAGUCUUCCCCGUUUCCUCAGCCUCAGUUUGUGUCCAUGAAGGGCCAGAUGCGCCCAAUGGUGCCACCCCAGCUCUACAUCCCAGUCAACGGCUACCAGCCAAUGCCUGCUUAUCCGUACAUGCAGAACUUCUACUCCAUGCAGAUCCCCAUGCAGAUGCCUCCACAGCAGCUGCACCCACAGAUGGUGGCCAAGGCUGGAUCGCACCACAGCGGCAGCGGCUCCACCAGCACCGGCUAUGUGACCACAGCACCCUCCAACGGAUCUGGCACGGAGAAAGCGGCCCUUAUGAAUGACGACCUGAAGACGACAGACGAGGAUUUCGCUGACGGAGCCUCUCAAAGCGGCCUGCACAACGAGGACCUUUCUGUUCCAGAGACAGAGCUCCUGGGGGACAAUGACAGCCCGCAGACCAAGGACAAUGACAUCAACAUGGAAGCGUAGAUGAUCUUUUUAGAUCGUUUAGAUGAGAAGAAUCAUUUUCUGAAGUUUUUCUCAGUUGUACAGGUUUAAGAAGUGAAGGGAAACCAGUGAAUGACACAUGGACGUAGUGUUAUUUAUGGGUUUUUUGUUUUAUCCGCAGCCACUGAUUGAUGAACGCAUCAUGCUGCUGGAGAUAUUUUUAUAAGAAAUGUCAGCUUCACCCAUGAGCUGCGGUUUUUGUAGUCUAUGAUGAAGAAUCGAGCUUUCAGCCCUUCUGCUUUGGGGUCGGUAGCAGAUGAUCUUGUUGGUUUGGUUGUUUUUUUAUCAAAUUGUUGCAAAGCUAUUCAGAAGAAUGCAUGUUCUUACUGUUGCUGUGCAACAUGAAACAUCACUUCAAGCAUGUUGUGGGUACCAUUCAUUAAUGUAACCUCUUCUCAGUUGGUGGUGUCAUUGAGAACAAGUCAUUAAUCGAGCCUUUCGGCUCCACAGGAUUAAAUGUAUUUCUUGCUUGAAGGCUUUGGUAAAUGAUACGCAUGAUGAAACCUCAUCAUAAUCCACGACCGUGAUAAAAUCAUGAUAUUGGACAAUAAACGAUGUGGAUGUGCAGAGACAUGGAUGCUGACCCCAAGACAUUUGUGUCCUUUUUUUUUUUUUUUAGAAGUUGCUUUUAUAAAAGUCCUGUUGUAAAGAUUUGUAAUUUAUGCCAUUGAUUCUCUUGAAGAUUUGUAACUGGUGUGUAAUGUUCUUUGUCUUAUUUUGUUUAGCCUCUAGUAUUACUUUAAAGUCAUACCAACCGGUCACUUGCUUUCUACCCAGAUGCUAUUAACCAACAUUAACCAUAUAUUUUGUUCAUCCAGGCACGUAGAGAAUCCAAUAAAGUAAUACAUAUUAU